AGGGGGCGGGGGCUGACAGACGGCCUGUCACGGUGAGGGGGCAGCCGGGACCGCGCAGCGCCUCCUGUCCACCGGGACGCCCCCAGACCCUGGCUGGAAGGACAAGGGGGUGGGGGCUCCUAAACUGCGCGGCAGCCAUUUGGGGUACCAGUCUCCAUUUGGGGGGGCCUGGACUUCCUACGAGGACACCCCAUUCAUAAUUUCCGUACUGGACCCCCACCAUUGAGGAAAUCUGGGGACCACUCCCCCCAGGAAACAGAUCAUAGGGAGCGUAGGGCACCCAGAAAUCCCGGCAUCCCAUCCCAGUAGGCCCUGGGGGGGGACCCCUGCCCUCUUUCUCUGCUUCACCUGUUGUCGGGGGAGGCGGGCGGACAAAGGAAGCAGCGUCACGUGACUGCUCAUUCACAAAAUCCCAUCCCAUUGAGAAAAGGGGGCUGGGGGCGCUGCGGCGGCCCCUUCCCCUCCCGAAAGGCUGGGGAAACCCGACAGCCUGCUGGUGGGGGAAGGGGCUAGAGCUCGUGGCUUGGGUGCUUGAGGCUGGGGCACCAAGGUCCCUGCGCUAGGUGGUAGUGAGGGGUUGGAGGCUGAUCCUGAUUGCUGGGCGGAGGGCUAUGGUCCCUGAACAGGGGGGAGGGGGGCUGGGGGGCGGGGUAAGAUGGUUCUGAAGGAUGCUGGGGCCGGGAGAGGGAAGAGGAGGGAUCAAUUCCCCCCUCCCCGCCCGCCUGCCCGCCCGCAAUCUCUCCCCCUUGCCUUUCCUCGGCAGGGGCCUGAGGGAGCAACCUUGAUUUUGUGAAUGAAAUGCUCUCUGGAUGUGUCUCGGUCGCCCGUUCCUGGCUUCUUCUGCCUCCAUCUCCCUUUCGGCCUGUCUCUGGCCAUUUCUGGUUCUCUCCCUGCUCUCUGCCCAUCUCCCGUUGCCGGGUGACUCAAUGAGCUUUGCAUCCGGUCUCAUUCAUAAAUCCGGGAAGGGGUGGGGGGAAGAGAGCCUGGGUUUCUCACCCAGCCAGUGGCCUGGGCGGCAGGGUGCGGAGGCAGUGUAGGGGGGACUGGGGCUGAGUUGAUGGGCUCUAAGAAAAUACAUAUGCGCAGGCACCCAGCUGUGAGGGGGACGAUGGGUGGGGCUGUGGGUACGUGCAGAGGGAGGAGAAGGAGAGAGGUUGAUAGGGGAUGAGCAGGAGGAGGAAGGGAAGUGGAAGAGCAAAGCUAUGGGGGGUGAGGACGGGCAAGAUGGGGAGAGGGAGAAAAGGUGGGUAGGGAGAAAAAAGGUAGCUAUGGAGGAAAAGGUAGGCAUGGGAGGAAGGAGAUGGCAAGAGGAAGAAAGAAGCAGUGCUGGAGGAAGGUACAUGGUUCGGGUCCGAGCCGUGGUGAUGGCCCGAGAUGACUCCAGUGGGGGCUGGCUGCCUGUGGGGGGCGGGGGCCUCAGCCAGGUGAGCGUAUGUCGGGUCCGAGGGGCCAGGCCCGAGGGGGGGGCCCGCCAGGGGCACUACGUCAUCCACGGGGAGCGCCUCCGGGACCAGAAAACCACCUUGGAGUGUACCUUGAGGCCAGGCUUGGUUUACAACAAGGUGAACCCCAUCUUCCACCACUGGAGCCUGGGUGACUGCAAGUUUGGGCUGACGUUUCAGAGUCCUGCAGAGGCCGAUGAGUUCCAGAAGAGCCUACUGGCUGCGCUGGCUGCACUGGGUCGAGGCUCACUCACCCCCUCCUCCUCCUCCUCUUCCUCCCCUUCCCAGGACACUGCAGAGACCCCCUGCCCUCUGACGUCCCACGUGGACAGCGACUCCUCCUCCAGUCACAGCCGCCAGGAGACGCCUCCCUCCGCCGCGGCGGCCCCCAUCGUCACUGUGGAAUCAGCUUCUGGCUUCGGGUCGGCCACACCGCCCCAGCGCCGCCGCUCCUCCGCUCAGAGCUACCCUCCGCUCCUACCGUUCACAGGGAUUCCGGAGCCUCCAGAGCCCCUGGCCGGGGUAGGGGGCCCGGGCUGGGGCGGCCGUGGAUACGAGGAUUACCGGCGCGCGGGGCCGCCCGCGCCUCUCGCCCUGUCUACCUGUGUCGUGCGCUUCGCCAAAACCGGCGCAUUGAGGGGCGCAGCGCUGGGGUCCCCCGCAGUCCUACCUGCCCCUCUCACCGAGGCUGCGGCCCCAGCGCCCCCGGCUCGCCCACCCCCUGGCCCCGGCCCGGCCUCUGCGCCGGCCAAGGCCUCCCCCGAGGCGGAGGAGGCGGCGCGCUGCGUGCACUGCCGCGCGCUCUUCCGCCGUCGCGCGGACGGGCGUGGCGGCCGCUGCGCGGAGGCCCCGGACCCAGGUCGCCUGCUGGUGCGCCGUCUCAGCUGCCUGUGGUGCGCCGAGAGCUUGCUCUACCACUGCCUGUCGGAUGCCGAGGGCGACUUCUCGGACCCGUGCGCCUGCGAGCCGGGCCACCCGCGCCCCGCCGCGCGCUGGGCCGCGCUGGCCGCGCUCUCCCUCGCCGUGCCCUGCCUCUGCUGCUACGCGCCCCUGCGCGCGUGCCACUGGGUCGCGGCGAGAUGCGGCUGCGCCGGCUGCGGGGGUCGCCACGAGGAGGCGGCGCGGUGAGGACGGCCUGGUGGGUCCAGUAGCCGGACCGAGGACCCAAAAUUGGGGGUCCAGGACCCCGAACUCCGUUCGGCCCCCACACCCAAACCUAGGCACACCCGGAACUUGGAGCUUGAGUUUGGAUUGAGAGACCCCAGACCUGGAACCUGGACCCCGAAUCUAGGACUGAGAGACCCCAGAUCCAGCUUCAUUGGGAUGUCUGUCCAAGAGGGCCCAGGCAUCCUGAGUUCUGGCAUCCCCGUCCUCCACCCUCACCCUCAACCUCGACCUAGACUGAAGAGGGUUCCCCAGACUUUUCACCUCAGGCAAGUAGGGGAGCAUACCGAUCCCUGGGAGCCACAGGAUCCUGAAUCGUGACUUCCUGUUCAAAUUACCAACCUACACCCAGUCAUGCCUGGCACCAUGAACCCUCAGAUUACAGCCCCAGAAUUAGGAGUUGCCAGUACCUGACCUUGCCUGUAGACAAUUACUCCCAGAUUUUGAGAUCAUAGGACCCAGAAUCAUCCCUCAUGGUUCCUGAAUGCUCACCUAAAACCUGAGGCAUCCGAAUCUGAGAUAUUCUUGUAGCCCUAGGACUUCUCAGACACCAAACCCUUUUAAGAUACCCUGAGUCCUUGGAUGUGCUCAAAUGGAUGCUCUCUGACCCAAAUAACUCGGGAGACCCAUCUCAGAGCCCCCCACCCCACACGCACACCACCCAAGAUGCACAAGCCAGCCUCCAGGGUGCUCUGGGGGCCAGGGAUCAAAGACCUGUAGACCUGCCCAUUCCAGGCCUGUUUCGCCAGGAGCUUUUGAUUUCAUAUGUGGGACUCUGAGGUGUCUACUAACCCCAGACGUAGGACUGAAGGCCACCAACCCCUCAAGGCCCAAGACAUUGGUCCUAACCCUUCAGAGAACCCUCUUCCAAUUCUCCCUGGACUUGGAUUUCAAGCCCUGGAAUGUCCUGGAAUCUUUCACUUCUUUCUACCUACAGGUCCCCAAUCUCCUAAAGGCUGGGAGCCCAGCUCCCAGAAGAUGGGACGUUCAUGGCAACUGAGACCUCUGACUCCUUGUCCCAAGUGACCCCAAGGUGCUUUAGGAGCACUGGAUCCAAGACCCCAAGGUGCCCUUGACCCUUCCAAAUUCAGGACUCAAGCCUACACAAUAUUGGGAUAGCCCCUGACCCAAGACCUUGGUCCCCCAUACCAGAGACAGUCUGCUCUGAGGUGCCCAGGGACCUAGCAACUUCAGGUCCCAGAUUUCUUUGGAUGCUAACCUCUCUAGCUCGAUAUGCUCCAGACCCAGCUUGUGCACCCCCUGAGACCUGUUGCCCUUGGUUUCUGAGACCCUAAGAUCGCAGACUCUGGAAUUCGAGUCCCAAGGGCAGCAGCCCAAGCUCCCAACAUCCCACAGAGCUACCCAUUACCCCAAGGGAGAGACAAACCAGUUUGUGCUAAUGUUCCUGGAUUCUAGGACCACCCGAGAGCUCUCUUGCUCCCAGGUCUAGGACCCAGCUUUGCCACAGAUGAUUGUGCAGGCUGUUCACUAAGCAAAGGCACACAGACCAGGUGAUGAGUGGGGCUGGCCAUGCUGUGCCCUCAGAGGAAGGUGUGCAUUUUUCUGAGUUGCACAAAAGCACCUAGCUAUGGCUCUGCUGGCAUAAAUGCGUACACACACACACACACACACACACACACACACACACACACUCCACAGCCUUGCAGACUCUCUCCCAAGCCCAAUCUUACAUUCCAGCCCUAGUCCAAGCCUUUUGUGUUCUGCCCCCCUGUUAACACUUUCUCAGAGUUGGGGGUUGCUUUGGAAAGUUUGAAAGCCUGUUUGCUGGCCCUCUGAGACACCUCUUCUGGGGAAGGGGGGUUCCACGGUCUUUUUCCCCCGAGUGGCAUGGGACUUCUGUUGUACCCCAGAUCUGAUGGCCUGCGUGGUGGUGGGGUGGGGAUCAUGGUCUCGGGGCAACACCAUCUCAAUGUUGUACAGGCUUGGGCCCUGCAUCUGGCCCCAAGCAUCUGGAAAUGCACACUUGCCUUUCUUCAUUACCCAGACUUGGAUGGCCUUGUGGGGGUUCAAGGGAUAGGUCAAGGGGGCCAGAGGGAUGGAUCCUUCUGUCACUUCCUUUAAAUUAUUAACUAUUUAUUACAUCCGGAACCUGUGAGAUUCAGCUCUCUCAACCAGAGCCGGGAUGGGUGAGAGGAAAGGGGGUGUCCCUCCCAUCCCCACUCUGCCCAGCUCUCAUCACUGUCAGACCCACCAGAGCUGAGGGCGGAGGGACUGGGGGCUGGGGCCGCCUGGGUCCCCAUCCCCCUCUCUGUGCCUCGGUCUCCUCCCUUCCGUGGUGGGCGGGGGGGGAAGCUCCAUUCUUAACCUACCUCGUUUUGGGGAGGGGUGGGAUGGGGGACCAGAGUGCUGUAAGGUGCUGUGGGAUCUGCGGAGGAAGCAGUGGGGGCUGGGGGAUGGUCCCCUGGCUCCCACCUCCCAGCACCGCCUCUCCCAGGUCUCCCAGUCCCUCUCCCUGCUAAUACCCACCUCUGAUCCAUGAUUACUCUUCAUCACCCCUAAAUCAGGGGUGCAUGGAGGGCUGACCCUGGGAGCCAGGAAGACCUCAGACCCUGGAGCCCCCAGGCCCAGUUUCCCGGCUGCUUGCCCCUCAGAUUGGAUGCUUGGCCCUCAGACUUGGGGGAGGCACCCCGACAUUAAUCUUCCUGAUCUUGAGUCUAAGCCAGUCUGUGACCUCAAUAUUGUUAUCAUCAGUGCAGGCUGAAGUAGUGGGGGAGGAUGGGGGCCAAAGACCCAGCCUUGUCAUUGGAGGAGGGGGCAUGAGAUAUCGGCUCCAAGAAAUGUCUGUGACAAAGUCUCA